UAUACGUUUGUUACUAUAAUAUCUUUGCACAUUUUCCAUUCCCCAUUUAUAUUUAUACUCACCCCCUUUUCAUAAACCAUUACCGCAAACCCAACCAUCACAAAGAAAAAACCUACACAUUUCUUCUUCUCUCAAAUUCCCUCAAAACAAAACAUCAUGCAACAAGCAAUUCCUUAUAGGUCAUAUACCACUUCCACCACUCACUUCAAUGUUAUCAAACCAAACACAUUAACAACAAAUAAAAUCCAAAAUUCUAUCAAUGAUUCAUCUCAUGUCUUCUUCUUUGAUAUUAAGGAAAACCAGAAAACAAUAAUUCGUAACAUGGUAUCAGAGAACGCGGUUAUAGUCUUCGCUAGGCGGGGAUGUUGUAUGAGCCAUGUCGUGAAGCGGUUGCUUCUCGGCCUUGGUGUUAAUCCGGCUGUUCAUGAAGUUGAAGAAAAAGAUGAAGUUGAUGUUGUUAAAGAAUUGGAAUCAAUUGCAAAUGAUGAUGGGAAGGUUCAAUUUCCAGUAGUGUUUAUAGGUGGAAAAUUGUUUGGAGGAUUGGAUCGAAUUAUGGCUACUCAUAUUUCUGGUGAAUUGGUUCCUAUUCUCAAACAAGCUGGGGCUUUAUGGCUCUAGGAAAACUCGUUAUUUUAUUUAUUUGUUUUUUUCACUAAAUUUUUAAUUUUCGUUCUUCCUCUCGGAUAUGUUUAUUCCUACCUUUGGAGUUUAUAGAAAUGUAUACAGUUAUAAAUAAUAAAGGAGUAUUUUUCAA